AUGGACGAGGAUCCACCAAAGAAAAGUCUCCGUCAAGCGGCUUUUGUCUCUGUGGCCUUUGCAACAAUCUCGGUCCUUUCGUGUGUAAUCACCCUUCCACUUGCCUACAAUCAUGUGCGCAGUGUGCACAGCUUCAUGCACAAUGAAGUCGAGUUCUGCAAGACUCGAUCUCGAGACAUGUGGAAAGAGAUGGUCACCAUGCAAGCCAUUGCCGGAGUCCCGCGUAACAAGAGAGAAGCCUAUGACGCUAAUCCACUCGAAAACAAUGCUGCCGUUGCUUCGGCUCCGGGAUCGUGUUGCUCUUGCCAAAAGGGACCUCCAGGACCACCCGGCCCACCUGGAAGAGACGGAAGACCAGGAGCUCCUGGACGACCUGGGAAUCCUGGACCUCCAGGACGGGAUGGAACCCUCCUCCCCGGUCCUCCACCUAAGCCUCCAUGCCAGAAAUGUCCUCCUGGACCUCCUGGACCCCCUGGCCCACCCGGACCUAAAGGAUUGCCCGGACCACAGGGUGAUGCUGGAACUCCUGGCCAUGAUGGAAUCCCUGGAAUGGCUGGACCACCUGGACCUUCAGGCCCACAGGGCCCACCCGGAGUCCCUGGAGACAAGGGACCGCCCGGAGAGCCCGGAAAGGUGAUCAAUGGAGCUCCACAAGGACCACCCGGGCCACCAGGUCCACCGGGACCUCAAGGACCGCCUGGAGCUCCUGGAAAAGAUGGACAACCUGGAAAAGCUGGCCCAUCUGGACCCCCAGGAGAUGCUGGUGAGAAGGGAGCUGACGGACUGCCUGGGCCACAUGGGCCACCUGGGCCUCGAGGUCCACCUGGUCAACCAGGGUCUUGUGAUCAUUGUCCUCCCCCAAGAACCGGACCUGGAUACAGAAGGAAA